AAGUGGCAAAAGUAGCAAAGCAAUUGGAAAAACUAAUCAGAGAAAAGCAAAAAUUAAUUUUUUUUUAAGAAACUUGUAAAAAUUGUUACGAAAAAAUGGAAUAUGAAAGUGUGCUUUUAAUUAAGCCCGAAGUGUUUAUUUACAAAAUUCCACCUAGAGCUAGUAAUCGCGGUUACAGAGCUGCUGAUUGGAAUUUAGGUGAACCCACUUGGACAGGUCGUAUGCGUUUGGUCGCCAAAGGUAUUGUUUGUCAUUUGAAAUUGGAAGAUAAAACAAGUGGAGCUUUAUUUGCUAAUUGUCCCAUCGACACCUAUCCAGGUGUGGCCAUCGAAGCCGUUUCGGAUAGCUCGCGUUAUUUUGUUAUACGAGUACAAGAUGAUAAUGGACGAUCUGCUUUUUUGGGUUUAGGUUUCGGUGAUCGUUCCGAUUCGUUCGAUUUGAAUGUAGCUUUACAGGAUCAUUUUAAAUGGGUUAAAAAUCAAGAACAAAUCGAAAAAGAGAAAACUCAGCCCAAGCAAGAAUUAGAUUUGGGUUUCAAAGAGGGUGAAACUAUCAAAAUCAAUAUGCGAAUUACGAAAAAAGAUGGUUCGGAAGGUGUUAGUCGUACGGCCAAAGCAAAAACUAGUGGCGGAAUAUUACCACCACCACCUGGCAAUUUGGGUAAAAUCGCACCGCCGCCAGCGAAUGCUGCCAGUUCAACACGUCAAAGUCCGGGCACUUCGCCAGCUCAUAAGCCUACUGGUAAUAGCACUGGUACAGAAUGGACAGACUAUGCCUCAGCCGGUAAUAACUCCGGACAAAAUCCAACGCCACCUCAACAAAAUACUAAUGCAACAGCAAAUGCAAAUUGGGUGCAAUUUUAAUUCUAAGCAGUAAAGCUAUACAUUAGAAAUUUAAAUAUAGAUAAAACAACAACAACCAACAAACAGAGGAUAUAUUAUGCGAAAGAAAAAAAUCAAUAAACAAACCAUUUACCCUAAAUGAUACAAUUAACGUAUAAAAACGAAAAAAAUUAAAUAGUUUACAUGAAAUUGCAAUUAAAAUAUAAAAACAAAAUA